GUGCAAUCUUGUGCGGACGCUGAACGAUGGCGCCUAACGCACGCAAGAGGAAGGCCGCGACGCGGGAUGCGCCUGCUGAAAGCGGCUCGGAAGAAGAACUGGCCAACGGCCUUUUCGACGGCAUCUUGUCACAUAGCGAAGACGAGUCGGGCGUCAGCCCGGACGAGGAUGCAGAAAGCGAAGCUAGUAGUGUGAUUGGAGGCCUAUCGGACGAGGAUGAUGAGGAGGAGGAUGAAGAAGAAGCUGAGGAGGAAGGGGGGAAUGAGGCAGACAUACGAGAGCAACUUCGCAAUCUAAAAACGACGGACCACCCUUCGAAGCGGAUCGUUUCCGAUGCCAUUCUCACGAACGCGCACGAUUCUGUAACAAACGGCGAGCUUGACGGACAAGAAGACGAGGACCCGAAGCCCAACUACACGGUGGCCAUCGAUGCCAAUGGCAACCCGCGCUACCUGUACAAUGAGAUCGAUCCUGUCUAUGAUUCAGACGAUUCAGACGCACCAGCGACCACCAACACCAUCGGCAAUAUUCCCCUCUCGUACUAUGACAAAUAUCCGCACAUUGGCUAUGACAUAAACGGGAGGAAAAUCAUGCGGCCUGCGAAGGGUGAGGCGCUGGAUGCUCUGCUGGAUAGCAUCGACAUACCUAAGGGCUGGACGGGCUUGACGGAUCCCGCAACAGGGAAGCCGCUGAAUCUUUCCGAAGAGGAGCUGGACGUGCUAAAGAAGCUCACAAGGAAUGAGAUCGUGGAAGAGGGUUACGACCCCUAUCCCGAGAUGGUGUACUACUUCUCCGGCAAGCAGGAGAUUAUGCCUCUGAGUGCUGCACCAGAGCCAAAGCGACGCUUUGUGCCUUCCAAGCAUGAAGCGAAGCGUGUGAUGAAGAUCGUCAAGGCCAUAAGAGAGGGUCGAAUCCAGCCCUACAAGCCCCCCGGGGAAGAGGACGACGAAGAGGAAAGAAUAUAUUACGACGUCUGGGCCGACGAGAAACCGCGCCCGGAGAACUCCAUGCAUCUACCUGCACCGAAACUACCUCCACCGGGGUACGAUGCAAGCUACCAUCCACCGCCCGAGUAUCUUCCGGACAAGGCAGAGAAGGAGGCGUGGCUCGCGGCUGACGAAGAAGACCGAGAGAAAGAUUAUUUGCCAGCGAAUUACGAUGCUCUACGCAAAGUCCCUGGCUACGAAAGAUUCGUGAAGGAAAGGUUCGAGAGGAGUUUAGAUCUCUACCUUGCGCCUCGUGUCCGGCGGAAUAAGCUUAAUAUCGAUCCCGAAUCGCUGCUACCGAAACUGCCAAAUCCGGACGAUCUGAAGCCAUUUCCUACUACAUGUGCAGCCAUCUUCAGGGGUCAGCAAGGCCGUGUCCGCAGUGUAUCAAUCGAUCCACAUGGUGUUUUCCUAGCCAGUGGUGGGGAUGAUGGCUUUGUCCGCAUCUGGGAGCUUCUGACCGGGCGCGAAGUUUGGCAAGCAAGACUGUCGGAUGAGGAUGCUGUGGAUACGGUGAAGUGGCGGCCGGAUACAGAGUGCUCUAUCCUUGCCGCAGCUGCCGGAGAGACGAUCUACCUCGUUGUCCCCUUCACGAUCCUAUCACCGGAUAUGGAGCAACACAGCCGCGACGUUCUAGACGCUGGAUGGGGCUAUGCGGCAUCGAAGCCUUCAUCAACUACCAAUGGAGCGAUUAAAGAACCUCCGGGCAAGUGGAGUCGACCUGGAAGCAGUCUGGAGCACAAAGGUGUCUUGGUUCAGGUCACGGUCCGGUCUAUGGUCAAGGUUAUCAACUGGCACAGGAAGGGAGACUACUUCGCUACAGUGUCGCCCCGGGGGCAGAGCACUGCCGUUGCUAUUCACACUCUGUCCAAGCACCUGACUCAACUGCCAUUCCGACGUCUCAAAGGUAUUGCUCAGACUGCGCAAUUCCAUCCCUCCAAAGCCAUCUUCUUUGUUGCCACCAGAAACACGAUCCGCAGCUACGAUCUUGCGAAGCAAGAACUCGUCAAGAUUUUGCAGCCAGGUGCCAAGUGGAUAUCGUCGAUCGAUGUUCAUCCUGGCGGCGACAACAUCAUCGUAGGCACAUAUGACAAGCGGCUGCUGUGGCAUGACCUGGAUCUGUCCACCAAGCCCUACAAGACUCUACGCUUCCACCAGGAGGCUAUCCGCGCGGUGCGCUUUCAUCAAGGCGGAUUGCCACUGUUCGCCGACGCCAGCGACGACGGGAGUUUGCAGAUCUUCCACGGAAAGGUGGUCGGAGACCUGAUGGAAAAUGCAACUAUUGUGCCACUGAAGGUGCUGAGGGGCCACAAAGUGAAGAGCAGGCUAGGUGCGAUGGACGUUGAAUGGCACCCUCGGGAGCCGUGGUGUGUGAGCGCUGGAGCUGAUGGGACGUGCCGGCUAUGGAAUUAGAUACCACACUGCAGCAUCUAGUGACGUUUUUGAAAAUGAACAAAGCUGCCA